UGAAUUGGUCAAAUCACUUCUAAUUAUAAUGCAAACGAAAGUUGUUUAUUGUGUCGCGAUCUGUGAAAUUUUCCAUUCUGUUCUGAAUAGAUGAUUGAUAAUCUUGAAGACGAAGUAAGAAUGUUUGAGCAGGAAACUGGUAGAGAACAAACCUCCAUGUCUUUUGUUACGGUGGGUAUGUAGGGUUAAUUUGGUUAAAUAUCGAGAAAGAAGUAGGGAGAGGGCGUGGCUCUCUAGCAAAGGCCGGGAAAUAGAUACGUAAAAACCAACCUUGAAAUAGUAAGGGUUUCUGGGAGCCAUUUCUUAUGCGAAUAGUGUAUGAGGCUCACCUGGAAAUCUCCCAGUAUCUUGAUGGGCAACGCCAUGGCUGGAAAGACGGAUUUAAGACUAGAUUGUUGAUACUCGUCGCUGGCCUAGAAACUGGAGAGUUGUUAUACUGACUGACCACAAUGGUUUAACUGGCUUGGUUGUUUGUAUCUUUUGAGCUGAUUUACGCUACAGAUAUAGAGCAUGCGUCAAGGUGCAUCAUUCUAUAAUGUAUACUCAAUAUACAGAUCAUUGACCAACAGACGAAAUAUCUGCACAAGUUUGUCUGAGUAGACAGACGACCCAAUUUAUACAACAGACGAAUUAUCAGACGAUCUACGUAUACACAGAUAUAUUUUCUUUGUUCAAGUUCGUCCAACUGGAUCAUCCGUCUCUAAAAGUAAAGUAGGAAUGAAACCAUCAAGAUUUCAUAGGAACCGAUACCUUUCUAUAUUGCUUUGUUAUACGUCGACUAUUUUUAGUCGUACGUGACUGGUAUACUACAAUGGAUACUUGCUGCGUACUUGAGCGUAUACCAGCUCAUGUACGCAGCAAGUAUCCGUUGUAGUAUUAAUUUAAUACUGAAGGUGUACUUAUAGUCUUUGAGAUGAAGUACAUAUUAUUAAAAUACACCUUUGCGAAGGGUAUCCAUUCAGUAACCUGGAACUACGAGUUAGAACAAAGAGCAUAAUGAUUGCAUACACAAAUAUUGCAAUUGAGUCCAAUCAUGUUUCAUGCCAUCUCACGACAUGUCAGAAGAGCCUGAAAUAAUUUCAAAAUUUGUCUGGACAAAAUUUCCGACAAAAAUGAAACUUGAUCGGAAAUGUUUUUUCGAUUUUAGUUUGACCCCUUCCGUUGAUGGCUUUUUAAUUAACGGGGCAGUAUGAUCAAAAUUUUUAUUUUCUUAAACGAAAGUGAUAUUUCAUUUUGUUUGUAACCAUGUGACGUCAUUUACUCAAUUACAUAAAUAAUGAGAUAUCAGUAAUUGUUGUGUAUGUUUGCUAUUUUUAUCAAAAUAUUUCGAAAGAUGCGGCGCGUUCGUUAAUUUAACCUGCAUCAUUAAGCAUAAAUCAUCAAAAAUAGCAAAGAUACACAACAAUUACUGACAUCUCAUUAUAUAUGUAAUUGAGUAAAUGACGUCUCAUGGUUACAAACAAAAGAAGUAUCUCAAGAACUAAGCAUGAGAACAAAAAUCUUCAAGUUAUUAUACAGAUUUACGAGCACUUUCGUUUUAGCUUUGGUUUAAGAGAAUAAAAAUUUUGAUCAUACUGCCCCGUUGAAAUUCUGUCUAUGAAAGCAGUCACUCUGAUAGGCCCGACAUUCAAGUUACAGUCACUCCUAACUCACUGUCACACACUUACAGUAACUAAACUUUGCUUUUAAAGCAUGCUCUGAUCGAAGAAACUUUGAUAGUGCAAACCAGCUUUAACUGACGGAAAUUUUUUCAAAUUUGUCCGGACAAAAUUUCCGAUCAAUUUAGCAUUUGCUUGGAAAAACUGGAAUUUGGUCGUAAAACCGCGGCCCGCCGACCGUUACUUCAGAAUCUGCUUACACAUCUACAGUACCUGCUUCAUUACGGUUUUGAAUACCUUGAUCUUGGAAUUAUAUGAUACCAGUAAAAAGCAAGUACGCGGAUAACAAGAGUUCGUUGUACCUAAAAAAGCUAUAAAUUAUUAUUCACUGGUAUGGCAUAAACAUGCAAAUGUAAUAGCUGAAUAACCAAACACACUUUGAGUGGGAAGUUGGGUGUUGGCGAUAAUUAUGACUCAUUUCAACGCCCUGGUCAGCUUAUGACUCUAACAGGGUGCGAUAAAUCGCAUACUUACGUACCGGAGGUACAUGUACGUCAACAUUGCGGCCUGGUAUUAGUUUGUUUUCAGUCAAGUACUAAUAACUAUGAAUCUGCAAUUUUGACUAUUUUUUGUUUUAGAAGGAAAAAGAAUCGUUUGGAGGUUUCACAGUAUCUAUCUUGCAUGCUAUUACGAAACUAGUUGGAUAUUUAAGAGACGUAAGUUAAAGACUUUUGUAUCAUGCUAGUUGCAGACACACGAUUCUUAUUCUGAUGCAUGCACUGUCCCUUUCCUGCAUAGAAGAACGAGUGUUCUGUAUGUAUCGUCAUGACUGAAUAACUUAUUUUCAUAUACCAUUCUGUGGCGUAGUUAUAAUGUGUUUGUAAAAUGAAAAGUAGUAAUUAGGCUAUACAUGUGUCGAGGCACGUGAAUGGGAUAGCAUGCAAACAAAUCACACCACACAACGAUAACGAUACUAUAACUUGUAUACGCGCUCUGAUUGGUCAAACAUAUAUCGUUAUAAAAUCGUUAUCGUUUUUAUCAUUUUCGUUGUAGUGUGGACACUAACAUAACCUUUUUGCCAAUCAUCGCGUGUUUACAAGUUAUUGUAUCGUUAUCGUUGUGUAGUGUGCAUGACCGGCCAUUUUUGGUAUAAAUAAAACACUUGGUGAAAUGUUUUCUUUUACCAAAACUCAUAUUUGACCCAGCCGUCUCCAAAUACGUCCCCUUCACUAAUAAUAAUCCCGUUUUUAAAGGAAUGAAUUUAUUGCAUUUCCAUCAAGAAAAUGCAUGAUUGCGUACCAAUAAGAUCUGCGUUUUGGUACUGUAAGCCUUAAUCUCUCGAUCUAUUAAACCAUUCUCUCCAACUGUCUCAAACGUGCCGGAUAUAAAUAAGCCCUCCCUCAUAGUUGGCCUAAUAGAGAAUUCCGGUAUGGACAAACUUAAUUUUUGAGUAAUAUAACAUUUAUUUAUUUCUCAUGCAGUGUGAAAAUCAACGAAAAACAGACUUAAAUUUAAAACAGGACAUAUUCCUUACACUGCAACAGCAGCAGAUGUUGAUUGAUGCACUGACAAAUGUAAGUUCAAUAUUGACGUUUUAUUUACUCUAUAUUUUGUUAUCUUAUAUUUUGUUUGGAACAAAUAACAUACGAAGUUUGGAUUAUAUAUUUUAUUUCGGAUUUCCCACCACCUUCUAGCUGGGGCCUGUUUAUAUGAUCCAUGCGGGCUACUGUAGUUGGAACGGGGCGUUUUCGUCCCGCCAAGAUGGGGAACUCACCUACAGUAUAGGCGGAAUGCAGGGCUCGAAAUAACGUUCGCAACGUUCCCGAUCAUGGUGAUCGGCAAUGAGGACUUUUUGCCGAUCAAAUAAAAAUCUGUCCGAUCAGGAGCAAUUGCCCUCAUUUCCUUCAAAAAAUUCUAAAUAUGCCAGUGGGCAUUGAAUACGCAUUUGAAGUUUAACUUUAUUUCAAAUUGAAGUUUAAAUCUAUGACAUUUGUGGACUUAUACACUACUAAUAGUGUAACUAUAUUUAACUAGUGCUUAAUAAACUUUAUUUUAUUAUAACACUUUUCAAGUUUUAAUUAUACCACUGCAUUUUUUCACACAAAAGCAAGAAACAGAGCAGCAUUAUCAAUUAAGAACUAAAACUUAUUAUUUUAUAUUAAAAGAGAAAAUCCUACUAAAAAAAUCCUAUCAAUUUGAAAUUAUUAUACAAAGAUACGUUCGUCGUCAGCGGUUCGGAUUGCAGACUGUACUGUUGAAAAGACGACAACAUUUCGUGUAAAUUUGUUUUAAUAAAAGUAAAUUAAUUACUUUAGAGCGAGAAUAGUAUUGCUGCCUUUCCUGUCGUAUGACUCGUAUCAACUAUACAAGAGCUUUUCGCGUGUUUUCAAAUGUGUUUUAUAUUACUUUUAUUUGUCUUUUACCGUGUACAGGUAAGCAUGUCUUUCAGACAAUGCUCAAAUAUAUUUCUUGCCGAUCAAGGUGAACGGCAACGUUGAUUCUUCACCGAUCAAAAACAAUUUCCUGCCGAUCAUUGAUCGUUGAUCGGCCGUUAUUUCGAGCCCUGGCGGAAUGGAGUGUUUACAUGGCUGGAGCUUACAUGGAGUAUUAAAACAUUGCUGGGAUGAAGUCAUCUAGUACACGGCUAAAAACGCACAGGUUGUUGCAAGUUGAUAUCGACAGGCGUGAACAAUGUUGUGCGGCCAACUAUGAACAAGUUGUCAACCAUGUCGUUCCAAGUUGUUACAGUUGAACAAUGCUGCAACAACAUGUUGACAAUACUGUUCAUAUCGCACAACCUUGUUCACGCCUGUCGAUAUCAACUUGCAACAAGUUGUUGAUUUUCUCAGUUUUUACGCGUGUACACACGUAAAAAUUAUCAUGUUGUCGCAGGUUGUCAACAACUUGUUCACGGUUGUUCAGAACAGGUUGCAGCAAUGUUGUGCUGCACCCUGUCAACAAGGCUUGUUUGAAAACAAUAUUGUUCACGCUUGUUCGAACAAUGUUGUUAACGCCUGAUGAAUGAACAACGCUGAACAACAUUGUUCUGACAACAUUUAUGUCAACAUGUUUCAUCGUUGACGCUUGUUCCAUCAUGUUGCAACAACCAUUGUUCGUCCAUCAAGCGUGAACAAGUUGUUGGAACAAUGUCGUUAACGAUUGUUGCUUGAACAACGUUGUUCAGCUAUGAUAACAACAUUGUUCAGGCAUUGUUCAAUGAACAACGUCGAACAACCUGAUCAAUUUUUACGCGUGUAAGUGCUCAUGAUCAGAAGAUAAUUCGUCCCGCCUAGCCGGUAUAUAUGUAGCAUGCUUAUAUGGAAAUUUCUUGUUCCGGCGCCAACAAACGCCCGAAUCACGAAAUAAGAUGCAAACAUAUACUGUAAACACUCAUUAGAGUUUAAUAUAUUAAUAUUACAAUCGGGAUCUUGGCAAUUGUGCCUGUGGUGUUUCGCCUAGCCGCGGAAUAGUAUAUAAACAGGGCGUAUUAGCCAUUUCCUUCAAAGGUCUCCUUGUUGGAAGAAAGAUUUUUUGUCUUGUAAAUUCCUUUAUACUCACAGUGAGUAUAAAUUCCACGGAAACGGAUCAACAGUUUCAUGGAAUCUGUUUUCUAAGUAUUUACUAUGGUAGUCACGCGAAUUUACUGCUAUGUGAUUAGACUGAUUGCACAUGCCAAGGCCUGAGCUUCUCACAACUAAGUUCUGUUCGGUGUUUGUUUGCGUGUAAUUGAUGCAAAUAAGAUGGUGAUAGAACGCCAGUUGCAUACAAGCGUGCUCAACAAAUAGUCUUUAGAUUUUUGUUGUUAUUUUGUAUGAAGCUUGUUUGGUAGACCAACAGUAGUGACGUCAGGCUAGCAUUAUACUCGAAAUUAGCUAUUAUUAGAAAAACUCAGUUUGUUAUUCUCCUAAUCAUUUUGGAGGUUACAGUUUCAGGUUCAAUAUGGGACUUAAGAAAUUGUAAACUUCAGUAGUCACCUUUUCCUCAUAACGCCAAUUCAAAUAUUUGUACAGGGUAAUUCCCUAUUAAUAUUGAUUUCUUGGUAUUGACUUAAAUAUGAAGUGGUGACAACACAGUGUUUAUCAUUUCACUUUUCAAUGUUUGUUUGAUUGUUUCUGUUUCAUGAAGCAAAAAACUGACAAAAUUUUAUUUGUUAUUCUACGUAUGCUAUAUUCGUGGAACUAAACAGAGACGUUUGUGCAUGUGUUGUGGUUUCCAAUUAAAUUUAUUAGGGGGAAAACCCACAUUCUUUUCCGGUGUAUAUUAUAAGCAUACAUACUGUUAAUUGUGUUUAAUAGGCCGAUAAGAGCCAUUGUAUAAAGUCAAACUCUGUAGUUCUGUAUUCAAACAUGUUCGAUAUAAUAUGUCUUUCAAUGUUGGUUCUGGUGAUAGCCUACAAUAUUCAACCAUCCAAUGACUCUCAGCGCUAUCGCCAUGGCUCAUUUGCCCCUGUUCGUAAAAGUGGUCAAGCUGUGUGGUUUGUUGACGGCAAGGACUACAUGUCUGCUGUGGCCGACGCUAUCGAGGCAGCCGAAACAGAAAUUAUGAUUACUGACUGGCAAAUGAAUCCUGAAAUCUUCAUGAAAAGACCCGAUUCUGGUGUUGAUAGUUUGGAUUGGCGACUGGACAAGAUGCUGUUAAGAAAGGCUGACGAAGGUAUUCGAGUGUAUAUUUUAUUAUACUGGGAAAUAAAACAAGCGCUAGAUCUUGGAAGUGAUCACGUUGUGGAACUGCUUGAUAAGCAUAAAAAUAUUGAGGUUCACCGCCAUCCUGAUACCGUUAGCGGAGUGCAGAAUUUAUUUCGGUGGAGUCAUCAUGAAAAGAUGGUCAUUGUUGAUCGUAGUAUUGUAUUUGUCGGUGGCAUUGAUCUUUGUUAUGGUCGCUGGGAUACUCGCAAUCAUGAAUUGAUGGAUAAUUUCCCCAUACAUUUCUCUGUGGAUGAAAGCGAAGCUCUGGAUGACAAUCCUCUUAGAAAUCAUGCUCGAUGGGUUGGCAAGGAUUACAGAAAUACGUUUUACAACAAGGAGAAUCAAAUGGACUGGGGAAAACCAUUGGAGGGUUACAUUGGAGUUGAAAGAAACGAAAUUCCUCGCAUGCCUUGGCAUGAUGUAAGCUGUGCAUUCACUGGUGAAGCUGUACAAGAUGCUGUACAACAUUUCACAGAUAGAUAUGCUCUGACUAAACCUUGGUGGCAGACAUAUUGGGAUUCAUUUCUUCAGUUCGUUCAGAACAUUAAUCUGGUAAAGCAACUUGUUCCCAGCAAGAAAAGCAAAGCAGAAGACAUCGUGUUAAAUUCCGGUGGCUAUAACGUGAAUAUUCAACUGCUGAGAUCCGUGGACAACUGGUCAGCUGGUCAGAAACAUGAAGCUUCAAUAUAUAAUGCUUAUAUAGAUGCGAUAAAGAAUGCUAAACACUUUAUUUAUAUUGAAAAUCAGUUCUUCAUUUCAUCGCAAGACGGUUUCUGGAGAAAAGUUCAAAACAAGAUCCAGGCAGCAUUGGUUGAAAGAAUUGUCCGCGCCCACAAUGCCAAGGAAGAUUUUCAUGUUAUGGUGUUCACCCCUUUGAAACCUGAGUUCUCUGGUGAUUGGGACGCCAAUGAUUGGAACGGAGAUGCUUUGCGGGCAGUUACAUUUUGGAAUCAAGCGACUAUCUACCAUGGAGAAGACUCCUUGUUUAGUAAGCUUGAGAAAGAAAACAUUCCCAAAGAAACUGCCAUGAACUACUUCUCGGUGUUCAGUUUACGUACAUACGACCUGAUAGAUGAACAUUUUGUUACUGAGAUCGUAUAUGUGCACAGUAAAAUCAUGAUCGUUGAUGAUCGAAAGGCAAUUAUUGGAUCUGCAAAUAUCAAUGAUCGCAGUAUGCUGGGGGACCGAGAUUCUGAAGUCGCAGUUAUGAUCGAAGAUUUGGAUUUCGUUGAAGGUAAAAUGAACGGAGUGAAAUACAUGAUGGGAAAGUUCGCUCAUAGUUUGAGAUGUGAUCUUCUUAAGGAGCAUUUAGGAUUAGUCGACAACAACGAGGACGGGUUUGAAAUAAGUGUCGACGAUCCGUUGGCCCAGAAUUUUAUUGUAGGUGUUUAUGCUCGGGCAGAAUAUAAUACGAUGGGUUUUCUUGCAGCAUUUGGCCCAGGUUUGUUUCCAGGAAAAAAUGUUGAAGAUUUUGAAGAGUUAAAGCGUUAUAAAGAUAUCCCUUUGCCUCGUAAAAAUACGGAUAAAUGGCGAGAAAUCCUGGAUCAGAUAAACGGAAAUAUCGUGAACUAUCCUUGCAAAUUCCCGAUAAAAGAACCCAAACCAUCCAUGUUAGAUUAUGGUCACAUGUAUGUCAACCGUCUGCCACAACAGCCAGUGACAUUGUUCUCAUGAGCAGAUUUCUUUCCCCAAGGGAGGUUUAACGAACACGUCAAAUAUUUGCACAAUCAAUUUGUUUAAGGAAGAGCUUUAAUCCAGCCGUUAUUAGAUGAACUGUAGUUGCAUGCUUUAUAUGCAAAUCUUGCAGAUGAAGAGCCCUUAGAGCCCCUAAAUGAGAUGUAUCAUUCUUAUAUUGAAAACAAGGAAAACAGCAGGGGCCCAUUGUUCAAAGCUGGAUUAGCGUUAAUCGUGGGUUAAUAUUUAACCUGCUGGGGUCAGUUGUUACAAAACGGGUUAGCUUAAUCCUGCAUGGGUUAACGUAAAAUUCAAAGAAAACUUCCCAGCAUUGCAGCUUGUUUAUAAACCUAAAAUUCUUCAGAAAUCUUGUCUGGAUCAUCAGAAGUUCAAUUUUCUAAAAUAAACUGCAGACGUACAGAAAUACUAAACCAGAACAAUGGGCUAAAUUUCAAACCAGUGUUAGCGCUAAUCGUGCUUUGAACAACCAGCCCCUGUUUUGGUUGUGCCACGUCAGUUUAUUUAAAAACUUCAGAAAAGAAAACUGCUACUGAUCCAGACAAGAUUUCCGAAGAAAUGUUUUUAAUUUUAUCAACAAGUUGUUAGAAAGUUUGCAUUAAGUUUAGGUUAACCUAUUGUUACGCUAACCAACUUUUCCCAAACAUUUUUUUAUGAAAGAACUGUAAUCUAGCACUCAAAUAAUUGUAGAAGAUAUAAUAUGAUUGUUGUGCAGGGCUUUUGAAUGACUUUUAUUCUAUGAUUAAUACAUUAUUCUAUGAGGUAAACCGCAUGCUAAAUAAUAGUUAACUUUUAAUAGAUGGUGUAGUUCUCUUCCGUUAUAUCGUUUUAUUGCUUUCACUUUUUGAAUACGAUCAGAUUCGAGAUAAUAAAACAAGUGCGGAUCCCGUGUGACAGAUGUACAAUUUACCUGCUUGUGUCAAUGCGAGACCAUCAACUACAGUUAAAAGUGCCUGCCAUUAAUUAUUGAUCUAUUUGAUGGCAAUGUUUUUUCGACUUGAGGGUCUUGACCAAACAUCUUGGUUGGUACCAGGGAUGAAAAAUAUGAAUGACUGUAUUUUAUCAGAUAUACAUGAUCAAGGCGAAACCAAGGGUACAUCACAUCCAAUGCGACAUGUGGCCACACAUUGCAUGUAUGUAUGAUGUACAGUAAUUUCGUUUAUUAGAACAGCGGAAAUUGUGUGAUACCACCGCUAGUCAUCUGUAGCACAUGUGGCUGACACUUUCUCCCUCUAAUACUUUCUUCAACCUUCUGAAAGAAAACUUUUAAAUUAAAACAAAUAAUAACUUGUAACGGUAUUUCUUAAUUAUGAAAGCGUGAUAUCCUUUUAAUUACAUUUGAAGCAAAAGGGAGCGAAAUUUCCAGCAAUAACAGUGUUACUUUGUUGAGAACCCAAAUUUUCAACACCAACAUUUCACAUUUGCCAAAUUUUAGGUAAAUACCAGGACACGUUUUCUUCUUUCUCAUUAAUUGCUUUCUCUUUGCUCCAUGAUAGGAAGUUAUCUGUUUGCAAGAUGAAAAUAGAACACUUAGAGACGAGAUGGAAACAUCAAAGGAAAGAACCGAAGAAGGAAUAAAAUUAAUUAAGGUAUUGCACUGCCUUUGUUUAGCUUGUCAUAUCAUUUUAAAAUCAUCAGAUGCUUGGGUUACUGCAUGGCGAAGAAUAUCACAAUCUAUUCAGUAUAGUUUGUCGAAUAAAAUUAUAUACUGUAGCAUCAUUACGUUUGUAUUUUGUUAUCAGGGAUGUAGAUGUAUGCGUUACAGGGCUGGCAUGACGCGUCUUUUGCAUUUAGUCCUUACUAAUAUUGUAAUAUUGUCAUCUAAUAGUAGUUGUGACACGUUCCACCACAGAUAUACACGUUCCACCACAGGCACACAGAGCUAUACACUGAAGAUUUUCUUUCGUGUACUUGCACAAUUCUCUAGAUGCCCUUUACAGGAACGAUAAAUAGCAGGUUUAUUGGGCUUAUGGCAAAGUUGUCCACACUGGUUUUCAUAAGCCAUUUCUCUGCCACCGCCAUUCCGCAGGACUUGUGCACAGCAUCCUCGGCAAAAACGAUGGUUCAGAGCUGCAGAAGGAAUUUGAACGCUUGCUUUGCUCACCUGCACGGUCAUAGAGCAAAUACCACAAAAAAUUAUUUGUGCAGUAAUCAGAUAAUUCACGGGGAACACAUAUGUAUUCUACACAAAUGGGGUAAAAUUACGUUGCCUAGGACACAAAAUUAUGGUCAGUGCAUGACGCGGUUUUGUUCUUUUCUCGAAACGAAGCGUUUGUUUGCAUAAAAAGAGUGAACAUUUUCCCAGUUAAUUAUUAGACAUAUAGGCGAUAAUACGGACAGCAAAGAGACAAAGUCUCCCUAUUGGAGAUGUGUCCGUAUUUACAUAGGUGUCUGUGUUAGACUGGUGUCUGUACUUAGAGAGGUGUGCAUAUUUAGAAAUGUGUCCGUUUUUAGAGAGGUGUUUAUAUUUAGAGAGGUGUACGUAUUUAGAGAGGUGUUCGUAUUUAGAGAGGUGUCUGUAUUUAGAGAGCUCGAGGUGUGCGUAUUUAGAGAGGUGUCUGAGUUGCCUGUAUUUAGAGAGGUGUCUUUAUUUAGAGAGGUGUACGUAUUUAGAGAGGCGUCCGUAUUUAAACUGGUGUCCGUAUUUAGAGAGGUGUGCGUAUUUUGAGAGGUGUCGGUAUUUAGAGAGGUAUCCGUAUUUAGAGAGGUGUGCGUAUUCAAGGGGGUGUCCGUAUUUAGAGAGGAUGUCUGUAUUAGCCUGUUGUCUGUACUUAGAGAGGUGUCUGUACUUAGAGUUGUGUCGCAUUUAGAGAGAGGUUCCAUUGUACUAAAAAGCAUGGUGGUUUUGAAAAACGUACUGAAUCUAGCCUGUGAGGCUAUACUUUUCCUUGCAAGGACAAUCAAUUUUAAAUAUUGUUAAUAUUUUAGCGUGAAAUAUACGCUGUGUUGAAGAGUCGUGAAUAUGAGACACUUUCAAGUGACAUGGCUUUUCUUUAUGACCGACAAACUAGUGAAACUGGUAAUUCACAAAGACCGUUGCAAGAUGUUGUCCGUAGUCAUGGUAUCCGUGAUAACUUUGAAUAUCUAUCUGCGAGUGAAGAUGGUUUUAGUAAGGUACACUUGUUUUUUUUUUCUGAACUGGUAUGCAUGAAGGCUGUAUACUGUAUUAAUCCUGUUUUACUUGUUGGUUGCUAUUUGCUAAUUUUACUAUUUAUUUCUUUUCAUGUAUAGUUAUCCGAACAAAAUCAUGAUAAUUCGGUUAAAAUCAAUCCAGCAACGAACAACACGGUUGUUCAAGAAACAACAGCAAGAACUUCUCUGCAAAAUAAAACCACACCCCCUUCUGGUAGUGUAGCCUCAAACAUAGGUAGCUCUCAAAACAGCCAGAUCACUGGACCCUCAAGCAUAACUCCACAGUUUGAUGAGCAACAGAAGACAGGAAACACUUCGAAUUCUGUAAAUAACCAAGACUCAGUACCACAUAACGUCGAGACCCCUCCUAACCAAGACUCAGUGCCACAUACCAUCGAGACUUCUCCUGUGCACAAUCAGCCACUCCAGUUUGAGACUUGCACGGUAGAUGGUGCUGAGAACUUCCCUGUAAACUACCAGCGACCCCUCUCUGAACGAAAAUCGUCCGAUAAUAUUAGCGACUUAACAACGCCAGGCAAUACUUCUACAUCGGGAGUGUUCACGUAUUACAAUCCUGUCGUAACAAACACGUUGGGAAAUGAGAACCAAACUUCACCGAUGCCUUGUGCUUCUGACAAAUAUGUCCAUGACGAUUUACAGCGAGCGAGCGUUUUUAUUGGUCGAAAUCAAACAACUUCACCUCAUCGGCGUAGUAAGCAAGGUAACUAUGACCUUUUUGCACAUAGGGCGUAGAAAAUUUCCCGAGGUUUCAUGUCAUGUUCAUGGAUGGCUUUUGUUGGUAUGUUCAAACAUAAAAUUCUGACAACAUAAAAUUUUCAAUUUAUUCUGAUUCAAUUUACUUUAUUUGUAAUUGAGGAGGUGCGUCAUUCAGCUAAGUUGUACCCUAUCUAUUUACUUAUCUACCUUCCUACCCUACCUACCUAAAUUUCCUAUAUAUGUUAAAAAUAUCUAUAAUUUGUUUCAUGGACAGGCGAAGGCAAUGUUCAUUCAAUAUCCCAGAGAGAUGACAGCGCUAGUGAUGUAAAACCUGCCAGUCAUUCAAAAAUGUCACCUGAAGUAUCACCUGCAUUGUUUGAUAGAAAAUUACUUCCUGAAAGGUCAGGGCAAGAAAGAGUCGUCGUCAGGUUGCCGUCCAUGUGGCAGGAUUAUGACGCACGGUAUGAAUAUACAUGAGGUUCCAGUGUAUGUAGUAUUUUUCACUGCUGUGUUUAUAACAAGCAUACUGUACUUGCAGGGAGGUGAGUCGGGAUUGGACACACCGAGGGUGGCUAGAAGUUUCCCGAACUCACCGAGCGAAGCGAAGUGGGUUCGGGAAACUUCCAGCCACCCGAGGUAACCCCGGAUUCACCGAACCUGCAAGUAUGUUUGGUCUUUAUCACAUGCCAUUUCGGUAAAAAGUGCUGAAGAAUUUACUCAUUUUAGUAGCCAAUUUCGUGUUUGGAUAACGAACAUUUUAGCCGCUAACAUACUACGCAAACAAACAAACUUAGGCUUAAAUUGAAACUAAACAAAUUCUCUACAAUAUGCCCUUAUUCUUGAAAAGAGAAAAUGCACACAUUCUGCGAAACCAUUGCCAAUAUUUAUAUAAACCUGCCAGUGCUGAACAAAUUUCAGCGACCAUCUUUCUUCUCUUCCACUUUGAAUACAGAAUAUUCCAUUUUCAUCAAACAAAAUUGAAUUAUUAAAUCUUCGUCUGAAAUUUGUUCAAAUCGCCGCCAAAAACAUCGAUCUCGAACCCCCCUGCUAAACAUAUACGUCAGCAGGUGAGUUCGUGAUUGAACGCACCUUAUCCUAGCGAAUAGGACAGCCGCUAAUACAGUACGCUAGGUAAGUGUCUGAAUGUCCUGAUAAAAUAUUGGAAACGAAAACCCUGCGUUUGCAAGUUAAGGCUGUUUUCCAGUUAAGCGUUUUUCCAGUUAAGCGUUUUCAAGUUUAAACCCCAUUUAAGAGUUUCGUAUGAAAUAAUUAAAUGAAUAUAAAAGGACAGCAUUUAGUUUUGUCUGUGAUUUAAAUUAAAUUGUAUGUAAAAUGGGAGAUUGAUCGUGUUUUAUAAGAGAAAUUCCCUGGGGGAUUGACCAUGUUUUAUAAGGGAAAUUUUUUAAAUGCAUGGCCUUUAGAAGUACUUUCUCUUUAGAGUGCAAAGAAAUACGCCUACAGUAACACUCAAUAAGCAAGUCGUUAAACAAGUAAGUAAAUUACUUUAAAAUGGCUCUGUACUAGUGUUCAUAUUAAAGCCUGGUUUUCACAAUAACGCAAGCAUAAGCGUAAGGAUAUAAACGUCCAAGGAUCAAUAUAUAGUACAAGCGACAUAAUUGCUCAAAGUUGCAACAAAAUCUGAUUUCAGCAUAUGACCGGAAAAUGCACAGAAAUUAUCAUUUCUCUGAGUAUUCAUUGCAUGACAUCGUGGACAUCGCUUUGUUUCUCUUUAUUUCGAUUUUUGUAGCGAAAUAAGGCUCAAAUUCCAAGUUUAAUUAGGUAGUUUUUAAUUAUGCUAAUACUUUUCGUAGUACUUAACCCAACAAAUAAAAACUUUGCCGACCAUAUCUCGAAAUAAUUUCAGUUUUCCUUAUUAAUAUUCAGUACAUGUCAGAGUAGAUAAACCUCCCAUAUAGCGUCCAAAGGGAUGCUGCUGGGCGCUGAUUAGCUGAGCGCGACUCGCGGUGUGACUGUAUGAAAGAGAUUUGCAAAUGGAGGCCGAGCGCUGAGCCCAACGAAUACUCACGGUGUGACUGUAUGAAAGAGAUUUGAAAAUGAAGGCCAGGCGCUGAUACGCACAUAAACACAGAUAUCAGUUUAUUUGUAAGAAUAUUAUAUUUCGUUUUAAAACGUAUACACAAAUUUAGUAAGGUUUAUUUCAAAUUUAGUAAGGUCUAUUUCUUUAAUAGCGUAACAUUUUUAAUCUUUGUUUGUGCUCGUCUGCAUAUGAGAUUUCUCUCUCCCCUAAAUCGUCCUCUUCUUGACUGGCAUCGUCUAGUUGCCGAGAUUGUGCAUCAUCUUGAUGGAAUAUAUUUUCACAAUAUAUAUUACAAUCAUAUUCCGGUGAUGACUCCCCUUUAAUAAAUCGGCGAAAGUUUAUCUUCCCCUGACUGCGCCAUGAGAUCAUCAAGAACAAUCAAAUUACGUUGAGUUACAUCAAAUAAAUCAUAUUCGGAAUUAUAAUUGCGGAAGAAAAAUUCAAUACCAGGAAUAGUGUUAACCAUUUCAAAAUGCAUGGGUUGUCAUUGUCCAUAGUACCAGACAUUACGUUCUGGAGGUGGGUUGAUGGCUGUUUAUGCAUUUUCCGGAAGAGUGUUUAUCCAUAGAGUUUUCCCACUCUGUGUGCAUCCAGCAACGAUGCAUGUGAAAUGAUGUUGCAUGAUGAUGGGUCCGUUGGCGAGGGCAGCUUCUUGCCCAUUGUGUACCGUUCGCGCUCUUCAUGUGACGGAGACGAUUACUAAAAUUAGCAUAAGAUUUACCGUAAAAUCUACAAACAUAGGACAUGUUUCCAGAUAGAUGGCCAAGUAUAGAAUAAAGAUUUCUCGGCAAUGAAAUUUUAGUUAUGCGACGAUUUAUGAUUUUAGUCGCAGUCAUAUAGUCAUAGUCAUGUAGUCUUAUAGUCAUAAUCAUGUCAUAGUCAUAAUUAUAGUCAUAGUCAUAUAGUCACAGUUCUUUCAGGAGACCAAACAAAACAUGACAUAUCAAAAAGUGUUGUAAUUGUAGUAUACGUUGUUAUGGACGGACGUGUCAACUUGAGCUCCGCUAGCUCUAGCCAAAAUUUGGCUGAUUUAUUUAUGUAUGAUACCGUUAAUAUGCUCACAAUUAGCGACGGAAGUAAAGCACUUUCAACUCUUAUAUUGAAUUUAUCUAUUAACGAUUGGAAAUGCAAUUUAUCUUAAUCUAUUUGAGAUCACUCUUAAAUGGUCUGGUCAAACGCGAAAGAAGCUUGUAAUAGAAAAAGAUACUGAAGCGAAUCUCGUGAUGGAACAAACGAUGAUGGGCUGAAUACUACAAAUUCUACUGUAAUGGCUGGCGAAGGAUUGGUUGAUAACAAAGCUGAGCAGGCCGCAGUUGAACCUGAACUUUCAACGAUAUAGGCUACAAUAAAUGGGAUACAGGACACUGUGAUGGUUAAAUUGGAUGAGGUAACAUGUGCUUAUGAUAUUAAACUUGGUUGUCACUGAUUCCAUUUUGGGAUCACAACCUCAACCUGACCACUGUUUCUCAGAUUACAUAACAAUCUUGUUUGAGCUUAUAACUUCAAAACCACCUCCUUCUUCUAAGGAAUGUGUAUCAUACAGGUCCAUAAAAUAUGUAGAUAUCACCGACUUUACUGCAAACCUGGCUGCAUCUAAAUUAUGUCUGGAUAAUCCCACGCAAUUUGAUCCCUUGGUAAACUGCUAUGAUAAUACGUUAUCCGAUCUUCUGGAUCGUCAUGCUCUGCUAAAGAAGAGAAUUGUCUAGGCCUAUGGUUCCGUGGUAUAAUCAAGAAAUAAAAUUUGCAAAGAAGGAGAGCUAAGCGGAAAUGGCAGAUUACAAAACCCACGGCAGAUUUUAAUGUACUUAAAUCAUUGAAGAACCAUUGUACUUACCUAAUGAGGAAGGCAAACCUUUUUCUCUGACUUUGUUGAAACGAACAGUGAUAUCCAAGGAAAACUUUUCAGAGUUAUUAAAAGUCUGUUAAAAGAAAAAGGAAAAUAAGUUUUCCUGGACAUAAUGAAGUAGUUCUUGUAAAUGAACUUGGCAAAUAUUUUGUUCAGAAAAUUUCAAAUAUUCGUCUGAAAUGGACAAUGGAACCUCUUCGACCAAUAAUGACAACGAAGAGUCUCAAGGCAAUGACUACGUAGAGUAUCCACUUAAUGUACUUCCUUUUGAUGUUUUUGAACCCUUAUCGGAAGAUGAUGUUCAGAAGCUUAUCAUUAAUUCACGGAAGAAAUCGUCUCACCUUCAUCCUGUCCCUAUACAAAUCUCUUAAUGAAGUGUUUGGAUGUAUUCACAGGUGUGAUCACAAAAAUUAUCCAUAUUUCACUUGAAUCCGGGUGUUUUCCUACGAUUGGAAAGAAACCAUUAUAUUCUUCCUAUACUAAAAUAAGCUGGGCUGCAGUCUGCUUUUGACAAUCUUCGUUCCAUUAGCAAUUUAGCAUAUAUUUCCAAGCUCAUUGACCUGGCAGUUUACAAUCAAACACACGAUCAUCUUCUCCGAUGGAAUCUUCCACCGAGACUGCGUUACUUAAAGUACUGAUUGAUAUUCUACUGAACAUGGACAGUUCUCUUGGACUUAAGUUCUGCUUUUGACACUAUUAAUAGACCAUAAAAUCAUCUUGAACGGUUAAGUUCUAAAUUUGCGUUCCGUGGCAAGGUCCUCAACUGGUUCUCCUCUUAUUUGUCUGGUCGAAGCAGGUUAUUGUGUUGUGCUGAAUGGUGCUUCUUCUGACAAUUUUGAUUUGAACUUUGGCGUUCCGUUUGGGGCAUCUUCUUUUCAUAUUAUAUGCGUCCAAACUCUUUGAUAUCAUUGACAUUAAUUUCUCAGAUUUACAUUGUUUUGCUGAUGAUAGCCGGCUGUAUGUGUCAUGUAAGUCUGAUGAUUUGCAUGGCCAAUGUGAGGCGACUUUGGCGAUGGAUAAUUGAAUCAAUGAAAUGGAUGCUUUGAUGAACAAUUACAGAAACUCAAUUCUUGUCAUGUCAGUGUUGGGAGUGCUGACAUCCUAACUUUCCAAGCAGCCCGAAAUUUUGGGGUUUGGUUAAAACCUGCUUACUUUAGAUCCAUACUACUUUAGGUCUUACUACUUUAGGUCUUACUACUUUAGCAUUAGGAAUAGAGCUUAGAGUUAUUUUUAGGAUUUUCUUUAGGAUUGAGGGUACAUUCGUUUUAUAGAGCUAUUUAUAGGAAUAGAAGUAGGGUUAGGAUUUGGGCUUAUUUUUAUCCCUUCAGUCGCAAGUAAGAGUAUGUUUUGUUAUUCUAACUUGCUUUCCUCUGCGAUCGGCAAGAAUAAUCCACUUGUGAUAUGUUGCAAUGAAUUCGAUUUACUUGCUGAAAAAGUGUUCCGAAUGCCCUGGCUUGGCAUUGAAUCAAGAUCUUUGGCUCAACGUGAUUUUCCUUAUCCGACAUGCAGUAAAAUCUUAAGCGAGUGAUUCAAUAUCAAUUUGACAAUUAAAAACUACAAUACAAGUAUUCGUUCCAUUAUAAUUAAAACCAAGCAUUGUUGGCAACUUAGACUAAGGGUACCCGAACAUUUGAAAAUGUUUUGUAUGUUCAUUAUCAUUGUCUACUAAGUUGAGCAUGCGUGAAUUUUUGGUUUCAGAAAUCUGAGAAUGGAUGGUUUGCACUUUCAUCACACAUGAAGUCGAGAUGAACGAUAAGUAUUAUUUUUCAAGAAUAUUUAUAUUGUAUAGUGGAUACAUUUGAAUAGUUUAUUUAUGAACAUUAAAUUCUUAAAUUUUAAUUUUCAUUCCAGGACUAUACAAUUAAUCAAUGCAUGAAAAAUGAAAUUUAAGAAUAAUCUCGGAAGUUAAUAUUACGAACAAAGUUGAAAAUGUUAUAGAAGAAAAGUUAAAAGAUUGCAUUACUUUAUAUAUCAAGCCACCUAUGUCUAGAGAAGAGUCAUUUUCAAAAAUGUUGAAAAAUUCACAAAAAUGUAUAAUGAAAAAUUUUUUGACAACCAAAAUUUUGUACAUUUAUUAUUCCAAUAAUGCUGACCGCUUCUGAAGAGGGGUUUCGACACCGAAAAAAUCCUGCGCAUUUUGACUCAAAAACGUGCGUAAAAUAACGCGCCCACAUUGAUUCAAAUUUUGAAUAAAAUCACGCAAAUUCACGAGUAAAUUUACUCAAUUUUCUGGUCCAAGUUACAAAUAUACUGGAUUUUUUGAGUAAACAUUUGCUUUUAAUAGUUUUUACUAAAAAAGAGUAAAAUUGUCAAUUAUUAAAGAUAACGAAUUUCGUGAUUGUUUUAACCAUUCUGUUCUUACCAUUGAAAUGAAUAUAAUGCUACCUCCAACCGGAAAUUUGAAACCAAAGUUGAAAGCCAGUCCCAGUCUUUUCACACAUGAGAGGAGCGCUCAAUGAUAUAAACACGCGGGUCGUGAAGAUUUGGCUUCAAGAAAAAGCCAGUUUACCUGAAAAAGCCAGCUUCAAGAGAAGGCCAGUUUAUCUGUUAUAUUCAUUUCAAUGAUUUUUACAGUGUAAAUUUGAGUAAUUUUACUCAAUAUAGUGCAUUAUUUACUCACGUUCUUGAGACAAAAGGUUUAGCAGUGGAUGGCGCGUACAGGUAGCGUCAUUUUGUUAAGCGAUUUUCGUGACGUGUGUUUUUUUUUUUUUUGUUUUUUUUUGUGUGUAUGUUUAUUCGGAAAACAGAAAAUGUAUGAUCAAAUAUGUGGACAUUGCUAAACAAUGCGCCAUCGAUUUAUUUAUUUAUUUAUUUAACUUCGCCAUUAUCAUGCAUUCAUGGCAGGGUCACCACAACAGUAUAUGUUACCAAUUACUAUGGGCCCUUAUUACUUUGGCCCCGAUCUUUCUACUGUCUAAAUCAUACGACUAUAUUUACUUGCACCCAUGGUUUGCAAAUUGGUUUGGCGGUAAGUUAAAGGAACCUAUAUGCUAUAACUGAUAUAUAAUUUAUGUUGUUAUAAUCAUGCAAAACACGUCUGCCUAAUUGUUUGUAACGUUUAUUCUGUUGUCAAGGUUUUACGAAACAACUUAGCAAGCAGCUACAAGUUAGUACGAAAUAUAAUAACAAUCAUACUGCAUGUUUAUUCGUAAUAAACAGCAUAUAGAGUUGCCACAGCAAACACUUGACUGUUUUGAUAGAAUGAAGAUGCAAAGUUAUCAAACGUUGUGUUCCAUAAACAACGACUCCCAAAGCGCGCACUACCUAGAGACGAAGGUUUCAUCUCUCCUAUAUUUACAACACAUAUCAACUUAUAUCUUUUUAGAUCAUAGCUUGUUUGUACUUCCUUCUUGAUCUCUUCAGCCAAACGUUUACUGAUCUCUUUGCCAUAUACUGGACUAUACUUCAUUCCUUCCAGUCGAGAUUCAAGUAUCUCCCCGAUCUUUGAUUCAAUAGCCAUUACUGGGAAAACAUGAUCUGGUGUUGUUUUGUAUUCCCGAACUGGACGCUUUUUGCUUUCGAUUUCACGGCUAGAAUGUGUUAGAUACUGCCGUGAGCUGACUAACAGUCUGCCAUCGCUUGAUGUUAGAAAUCUUUCAUCAUUUAAACUGAGAGCCUUAUUCGAGCUUGACUGAGGUAUAUCAUGAUGGAUCAAGAUUGCUUUACCACAGUUCUCACGUCGUCGUUUAUCCGCCACCAGAAACUGAGCGCGUCGUUUGAUCUUUAUUGCUAACUUUCGAGCACGAAUCAUCCCGAUCAGACUGGGUUUUGAUGAGCUGAGUUGAGACUGUUGAGAAUUUUGAGAUCGAUUCAUGUUUAUAUCGGAACCAGUCUUAUUUAUAACACUUCACGUGCACUACCUUUGUGCAUGAAAAUAUGUUCUACUUGAUUCGAGUGUCCAGCGUUCAAACGCAAUGGCAAUAUGUUAAGUUUAAGUAAAAUAUAUAUAAUUUCAAUUUCGUUUAUUAUGGCUGUGUCCGG